AUGGCAUCGGCUCGUUUCCUCUCUUUGCGUGGAGGAUGGGGAGGUUCACAAGCCGGGUGCACUUACGCCAACCUUGUCAACGGCGUGCUUGUAUAUGACGGAAACAGGACCAGAAGCCAACUCUUGUACGCCUACUGCGGUCGCCAAGACCAGUCACCCAUCACAAUCAGUACUAGCAACAGCGUCGUUGUUGUAGUCCAAACCAGGUUCAUCCUGCAGGAACACUACCUUGGAUUCAAGGCUCUCUACAGAGCUACACUCGGCCCUCUUCAGGGCUGUGGUGGAACUGUUCGCAUGGGUGACACAAACCGCCUCAAUGUCCGCUGGCCACGAGCUGAUGGAACCCAAUACCCGCCCGACGUGAACUGUGUCUGGCGCGUCCUUGGAAGUCCAGGAAAGAUUCUGCGGGUCAACUUCACAGAAUUCCAGCUUCAACAAAGCAACGACUCUACUUGCUCCAAUGACGUUGUCGAGGUUUGGGACACCCUGCUCAGCCGUGACUUAUCCAGGCAACGUUUCUGUGGUUCCACCGCGCCUUCUAGCAUUCCCAUGGCAGGGAAUAUCUUAUCUUUGAGAUUCAGCAGCGACCAUUUCGUGUCCGGCUCCGGCUUCAAAGCUGUCAUCACUCAGGAAGCGCAUGAAGACGGCGUUGAAGAGGAGCCAUUUCCAAACUCUCCCCAAACACAAAGACAGAACGGCAACGACACUGAAGCGGAUAACACAUUAUGA